CUCACAAAUCCGAAUUUCCUAUCUGAUUAUCUCUUUCUCUCUCUAAAAAUAAACCCGGAAAAUACAUCCAUACGCCCACCUCCCCUCCCUCCCUCCCUCUCUCUCUCUAUUUUCUCUCUCUAGAAAGUUUUUUCUUUCCUCUUCGGGACAUCAUCGAACGACAACAGUGGUAGAAUAAAUCCAAUCGAGACCUUCGAUUCGUUGAUUUUGCUGUCCUCAACCCGCUUUGCGUCUGGGCGCAAAUUAGCGGUUUCAAACCCGACCCAAAUUUGGCUCGCGGAAGCCUGCAAACGGUAUCGUUUUUGAAACCUAUCUUUCCCGCCGCCGGCUUUACUGUCGUCGGGCAUAACCAGUCCCCCGGUGUAUCGGGUGUUUAAACCUCCCCUCCCCACCGGAUUUACGAAAAUACCCUUGACUGAAUUGCGUGAUUUCUUUCCCCUCGCUUUUGUUCUGUGUGCGCCAAGAGCUUUUUGGAGGGAGCUUUUUGGAGAAAGUAAUACGCACUCCCCCUUGCCUUCAAUUGUUUGGUUGCUUUCAGAUUCUGGGACUCUAUAAACAACUCCAUGUGACGAAUAGUGCAUGGCGUUUUUUAGAAAUUCUUCUGGUGGAGUAGUAGAACAGAUUUCAGUGAGUGAGACAAGCCAUUCACAGCAGCUGACAAUGAAUAACAGUAGACUUCAGGAGAAUGUGGCUACCGAUAAUGAGGAAAUGCCAGGGCCUACAUCUAGUAUAAAUAUUGGAGAAGACAGUAGCAGUAAUAUCAGGAUAGGAAAAACACAGCCUCAUAUGAGGGGUACGACUAUGGGGGGAAAGUGGGGUUCGACUUUUUGGAAGAAUACACAGUCAAAGACAAUGCCCCAUGGAGCAUCAGAGUCAGGGGAGGAGUCUAAGAGUGGGUCCGAAUACAAAGGGUCUGAAUUGGAGGAAUCAUCUGAUGGAGCAGAGGACAGGAUGGAAUCCGAAAAUGACGACGAUGCACAAAAAGCAGUAUCUGGAAAGGGACAUCAGAUUGUUCCUGCAGAUGAGAUGUUAUCUGAUGAGUAUUAUGAGCAGGAUGGUGAUGAUCAGACUGAGUCUCUGAAUCAUCAUAGAGCAGUGAACAACUCAAGUGGGUUUAGUUCGAAGCCACCACCUCGGCUUGCUGCUGAUAGUAGUAUCUCUAGAAAAUCAAAGGGGUUGAAAGCCAACAAAUACGAUGAUGAAGAUGCUGACUAUGAAGAAGAUGAUGACGAAGAGGAAGAUGAAGAUGACCCUGAUGAUGCUGACUUUGAUCCUGAUUAUGGGGCGACAAGGGGGCCCAGAGGAAUCAAGGAUAAAGAUGAUGAUUGGGGUGCCGAAGAAUCUGAUGAGGAGGAUAAUGUUGAGGAUGAUGAUUUGGAUUUCUCAGACGACGAUGAUGUCUACUUUAAGAAAAAUAAGGCCAAACAAUCAGGUAAGAGUGGUCGUAAUUUGAAGUCUACCAGGGGACUUAGAUCAAUUGCUUCAUCCAGUCGGCGAAAGAAAGGUAGGACAUCUUUUGAAGAAGAUGAUGAAGAGUCAUCUGCCGAGGAAUCUGAAAAUGGUAGUGAUGAGGACUUUAGAAGUACAAGGAGAGGUGCAUCAGUUCAAAGGAAGAAUGUUGGUCGAUCUGCUUCAGCUUCUGUUUCUAGUAGGAACAAUGAACUGCGAACAUCAGGUCGUUCAGUGCGGAAAGUAUCAUAUGUUGAGAGUGAUGAAAGUGAAGAUAUUGAUGAAGGCAAAAAAAAGAACCUGAAGAAGGAAGAGGCUGAAGAAGAAGACGGCGAUGCGAUUGAGAAGGUAUUAUGGCAUCAACCAAAGGGCAUGGCUGAAGAAGCUUUAAGGAAUAAUAAAUCGACCGAGCCUGUGUUGAUGAGCUAUUUGUUUGACUCGGAACCGGAUUGGAGUGAGAUGGAGUUUCUAAUAAAGUGGAAAGGCCAGUCACAUUUACACUGUCAAUGGAAACCAUUUUUUGAGUUGCAGAAUCUCAGUGGUUUUAAGAAGGUUUUGAAUUAUACCAAAAAAGUUACAGAAGAUAUAAGGUACAGGAAGAUGGUAUCUCGGGAGGAGAUUGAGGUAAAUGAUGUCAGCAAGGAAAUGGACCUGGAUAUCAUAAAACAGAACAGUCAGGUGGAGAGAGUGAUUGCAGAUAGACUCAUCAAAGAUAGUUUGGGUGAUGUAGUACCAGAAUAUUUGGUCAAGUGGCAAGGACUGUCUUAUGCUGAAGCUACUUGGGAAAAGGAUACUGAUAUUUCGUUUGCCCAAGAUGCCAUUGACGAAUACAAGGCUAGAGAGGCUGCAGCAAUGGUUCAAGGGAAGACUGUUGAUUUCCAGCGCAAGAAAAGCAAAGGGAGUCUCAGGAAGCUUGAUCAGCAGCCUGAGUGGUUGAAAGGGGGCAAUCUUCGAGAUUAUCAGCUUGAAGGCCUGAACUUCUUGGUUAACAGCUGGAGAAAUGAUACUAAUGUAAUUCUAGCUGAUGAAAUGGGUCUUGGUAAAACUGUCCAAUCAGUUUCAAUGCUUGGUUUCUUGCAGAACGCUCAGGAAAUUCAAGGACCAUUUCUUGUUGUUGUUCCGCUAUCUACUUUGUCAAAUUGGGCAAAAGAAUUUAGAAAGUGGUUGCCUGACAUGAAUGUCAUUAUAUAUGUUGGAACACGUGCUAGCCGUGAGGUGUGCCAGCAGUAUGAGUUUUUCAAUGAAAAGAAAACAGGCAGGAGUAUAAAAUUUGAUACCCUGUUAACUACAUAUGAAGUGUUAUUGAAGGAUAAGGCUGUUCUGUCUAAAAUUAAGUGGAACUAUCUUAUGGUUGAUGAAGCUCAUAGAUUGAAGAAUAGUGAGGCAUCUUUAUAUACAACAUUAUCGGAAUUCAGCACGAAGAACAAGUUGCUAAUUACUGGCACUCCCCUGCAAAACAGUGUUGAGGAGCUAUGGGCUUUGCUUCAUUUUCUUGAUCCUGACAAGUUUAGGAGUAAGGAUGAUUUUGUUCAGAAGUACAAGAAUCUUAGUUCAUUCAAUGAGAUGGAGCUUGCUAAUCUUCACAUGGAAUUGAGACCUCACAUUCUCAGAAGAGUCAUAAAAGAUGUAGAGAAGUCUUUGCCUCCUAAAAUUGAGCGCAUCCUUAGGGUUGAGAUGUCACCACUGCAGAAACAGUAUUAUAAGUGGAUUCUGGAACGAAACUUCCAUGAUUUGAAUAAAGGAGUUCGUGGGAAUCAGGUAUCACUUUUAAAUAUUGUGGUGGAGUUGAAGAAAUGCUGCAACCAUCCAUUUCUGUUUGAAAGUGCAGACCAUGGUUAUGGUGGCGAUACAAAUUUCCUAGGCAGCACAAAACUGGAAAGGAUUAUUUUAAGUAGCGGGAAGCUGGUUAUACUAGAUAAGCUGCUUAACAGAUUGCAUGAGACAAAUCACCGGGUGUUAAUAUUUUCUCAGAUGGUUAGGAUGUUGGAUUUACUGGCGGAGUAUCUCUCUCUAAAAGGGUUCCAGUUUCAGAGACUUGAUGGUAGUACAAAGGCUGAGUUACGUCAGCAGGCUAUGGAUCAUUUUAAUGCUCCUGGAAGUGAGGAUUUCUGUUUCCUUCUUUCAACUCGUGCUGGUGGCUUGGGUAUUAAUCUUGCAACUGCAGACACAGUUAUCAUAUUUGAUUCAGAUUGGAAUCCGCAAAAUGAUCUACAGGCAAUGAGCCGAGCUCAUAGAAUUGGGCAGCAAGAAGUAGUUAACAUUUAUCGGUUUGUCACUAGCAAGAGCGUUGAAGAAGAUAUCUUGGAGCGUGCCAAGAAGAAGAUGGUUCUGGACCAUUUAGUUAUCCAGAAGCUGAAUGCAGAGGGCAGACUGGAGAAAAAGGAAGCGAAAAAAGGAAGUUCUUUUGAUAAAAAUGAGCUUUCAGCAAUUCUGAGGUUUGGGGCAGAAGAACUCUUUAAGGAAGACAAAAAUGAUGAGGAAAGCAAGAAAAGGCUUCUUAGUAUGGACAUCGAUGAGAUUCUUGAAAGAGCAGAGAAAGUAGAAGACAAAGUAAAUGAAGGAGAGGAAGGACAUGAAUUGUUGAGUGCUUUUAAGGUGGCUAAUUUCUGUAGUGCCGAGGAUGAUGGAACAUUUUGGAGCCGGAUGAUAAAGCCAGAAGCCAUUGCACAAGCUGAGGAUGCUUUAGCUCCCCGAGCAGCACGAAAUAUUAGAAGUUAUGCAGAGGCUAUACCACCCGAAAGGAGUACUAAUAAAAGGAAAAAGAAGGGAGUUGAACCUCAGGAAAGAUUGUCGAAGCGACGCAGGGCAGAUUCGGGUUACUCUCUUCCAGUCCUUGAGGGUGCUACUGCUCAAGUGAGAGGAUGGUCUUACGGAAACUUACCCAAAAGAGAUGCAACACGGUUUUUUCGUGCGGUUAAGAAGUUUGGAAAUGAUAGCCAGAUAAGCUUGAUAGCUGCAGAAGUUGGUGGAACAGUUGAAGCUGCUCCAACUGAAGCUCAAAUUGAGCUAUAUGACGCAUUAAUUGAUGGUUGUAGAGAAGCAGUUAAAGGAGAGACUCUGGACCCAAAGGGUCCGCUUUUGGAUUUCUUUGGCGUUCCUGUAAAGGCUGAUGAGGUGUUAAGCCGUGUUGAAGAACUUCAGCUCCUUGCCAAGCGAAUUAGCCGGUAUGAAGAUCCUAUCUCUCAAUUCAGAGCACUUGGAUAUCUCAAACCAUCCACAUGGUCUAAAGGUUGUGGAUGGAACCAGAAGGAUGAUGCAAGGCUGCUGCUUGGAAUUCACUAUCAUGGAUUUGGCAAUUGGGAAAAGAUAAGAUUAGAUGAAAAACUCGGUCUUACUAAGAAGAUUGCCCCUGUGGAACUCCAACAUCAUGAAACUUUCUUACCGCGAGCCCCCCAACUGAAAGAACGAGCUACACAGCUUUUGGAAAUGGAAGUUGCAGCUGUUGGUGGGAAGAAUUCUAACGUGAAAGUUGGACGGAAGAAUGCAAAGAGACAGAAAGAAACUUUUAUGACAUCACGUGGAAGGGGCAGACAAGGGAAGCCUGGUUCUCCAAGUGUGAAUGUUCAAGCUAACAGAAAAAGAGCUCCAAAAUCCCAGAAGAUUGAGCCGUUAGUUAAAGAGGAAGGUGAAAUGUCUGACAAUGAAGAAGUUUAUGAGCAGUUCAAGGAAGUAAAAUGGAGGGAAUGGUGUGAAGAUGUCAUGAUAGAUGAGGAAAAGACUCUAAAACGUCUUCAAAAACUGCAGUCUACCAGUGCAGAUCUGCCGAAGGAAAAGGUGCUUUCCAAAAUUCGGAAUUACUUGCAGCUUAUUGGUCGAAGGAUUGACCAAAUUGUUUCAGAAUACGAGCAGGAGUCUUACAGGCGAGGAAGGAUGACCACACGAUUAUGGAAUUAUGUAUCUACCUUUUCGAAUUUAUCUGGUGAGAGACUUCAACAAAUUUAUUCCAAACUUAAACAGGAGCAACAGGUGGCUGGUGUGGGACCAUCCCAUAUUAAUGGCUCUGCUCCUGGACAUCAAACAGCAGCAUUUACACAUAGGGAUCUUGAUGUGGGUAAAUUUGAAGCUUGGAAACGGAGAAAAAGAGCUGAAGCGGAUGCUUCCCAUAUCCAGCAUCCACAUCAAAGACCUUCAAAUAAUGGGACAUGGUUACCUGAUCCGAACUCUUCAGGGAUUCUUGGACCACCACCAUCUGAUGGCAGACAAUUCAGUAAUGGGAGGCCUUACAGGAUGCAACCGGCUGGCUUCCCUCCGAGACAGGGUUUCUCAUCUGGUAUCAAGUAGCUUGUUGGGACAUUUGUGAGUAGCUAAGGACUAGCCAGUUGUAGCUUGAAGCCCAUUGGUUCUUUGGCAACAGAAUCAGCUUCCCUGAGGAUCUUUGUUCUCCAAGGUUUUGGACCAUGAGAAUACCAGUUUUGCCUUAUACUUAUGGUUGAUGUGAAGCUGCUUGAAAUACCAGACUGCAUAUGUUGAAGCAGGUGAAUGCAGAAAAUUCUGAAGAUGACCUGAUGUUGGAAGGCUGACUUGAAAGAAAGAUAUACUUGGAAAUCCUCUUUAACAAUUCUUUUUGCCUUUUUGCUUUCUUAUAUUAAUUUAGUCUGGAAUUUCAUUACGUAUAUAGUGGAUAGUUGAAAGGAUGCGAUGGUCAUUUGUGAUACACCACGCAGACAUUUUUGUAUGUAUAAUGGGAUGACUUCAGAAAGUGUAAAUGGUACAAUUUUGCUCGGUUGACUACUAAAAUCUUAUAAAUGCAAUUCCCAGUUUUGUGCAUAUUUAGCAUGGUUACUUGUUAA